ACACACCCCAUCAUGGAGUACAAUCAGAGUGAAAUUCCCAACACGAUGCUUCCCCCAGGUACCGUGCAUCUGGUUGCUGAACAAUCAGACCAGAUUAUUCUGGUUCCCAAGCCCUCAGCAGAUCCUGAUGACCCAUUGAACUGGUCUAAGAGACGGAAAUGGUUGAAUGUCACUCUGCUCUUGUUCUAUGUGUUUAGCACGGGUAUCGGUGGCACCUCGAUAUACUCGGUUUUCACCCCAAUUUCCAAGGAGACAGGCAUCACCAUUGGUCAGCUCAACAAUGGUACCGGGUACCUUUUUCUUUUGGCGGGAUGGACAAAUAUCAUCUGGCAACCUCUGGCGCUGACUUUUGGCCGCCGCCCUAUUAUCCUAAUGAGCUUGCUCUUUUGCGUCGCCGUAUCGGAGUGGACAGCAUGGAUUGACAGUUAUCCUGCCUGGGCUGCAGCAAGAUGUCUAUAUGGCUUCGCCUGUGCUCCGGUCGAAGUCCUUCCCCAGAUCUGCAUUCCAGAUGUGUUUUUCGCCCAUGAACGGGGUGCUUUUAUUGGGUGGUACAUGUUUGUACUGUGCGCCAGCAAUUUCAUUGCACCUCUCAUCGCCGGAUUCAUGAAUGAUGCCUACGGCUGGCACUGGGUGCAACACUGGGCUGCCCUGAUUUUAGCACUCAACUUUGUGCUUGCCUUUUUCUUAUACGAGGAAUCGAUGUAUAUGCGGACAAAUAUGGAAGCUGAGAAGGCCGACGACCCUCUCGUCUUGAAUGAGGUAAUUCUUGCUCAACAAUUCACCGCUGUCAAUGCCGACUACAGGAAGAAGACGCAUCUGCAGAGACUGAAAUUGUGGUCUUAUAACGGGAAUUCAUUCGCUCAAAUACUUCGCAUUGCGUAUCGCCCAGUUCUGAUAUUCUUCCAGUUCCCCAAUAUCAUGUGGGCUGGCUUUAUGUACGGUUUUGCUUUGGCAUGGUACAAUGUGUAUAAUGCAACUACCUCAGCUAUCCUGUCCGUAGCGCCCUAUGAUUUCUCUGCUGCUAUAGUCGGCCUCUCAUACGUUGCGCCGUUGAUUGGGGCCAGCAUGGCAGGUGUAAUUUCCGGUCCUGUUGCCGACUGGUUGACACUGAGACUAGCUACACGAAACGGGGGUCUACGUGAGCCCGAGCAACGUCUUUGGGGCUUAGUUGUCUACUGUAUCCUGAUGCCCGCAGGCCUUUUGAUUUGGGGCCUGGGCGCGUAUCACGGACUCCACUGGGCAGUCGUCCUGCUUGGUGGUCUUCUAUGCGGUUAUUGCAAUGUUAGCGGCGGUGCUUAUGCGCUUGCUUAUGCUGUUGACUGCUUCAAGGAACUUUCUGGAGAAACGAUUGUUUCAGUCAUUCUCUGCCGGAAUACACUUAGCUUUGCUUUCAAUUAUGCUAUUACCCCCUGGAUUGAUGCACAAGGUCUACAGAACACCUUCAUUGCCGUUGCAGUAUUGGCCUGGGCGUUCGGCAUGAGCUUCCUACUUAUGGAAUGGAAAGGAAAGGCGCUGAGGGUAAUGUGUGCGGAACGAUAUUGGACAUAUGUUGAAACACAGGUGGUGAGAAUUAAUUGAGCAUGACCUAUCAACAAGGGUGCCCUUCAGGAUGUUGGAUUUCGGAUCAACUUAGUUCUACUUUCGGAAAUAGAGUCCUAAUUAUAAUAUCAUCGUGGUCGACGCCGACGUAUCACUUUAAGCAUCGCUGACCUAACCGACCCUGCAUUUCUCGUUCUUUGGUCUUUCAAUCGCUUUUUAAAACGAACCAACCGUCUCCUCCAGAUCCUUUUUCGAUACAUGAGUGACCUAUCCGAAACGGUACUGUGGAAUUCCCGGGGCUUAGAUGGCGGUGGAUCUUUUGGUCCGGCUAGCCGCGAUACCGGUCGUUGGUGUUUGUCUUUAGUUUUGGCUUUGGACUCGCGGCGCGCUGCUCUUGACUUUUCAACUGUCGAUGGUGGUCGAUCUCUGGGUCCAGUUGGGCGUCGUGCUGGUCGUUGAUUUCGGUCUUCUUUUUCAUUUCCUUUUCUGGAUUCGCGGCGUGCUGCUCUUGCAUCUUCGAUUGCUGAUGGUGGUGGAUCUCUUGGUCCGGCUGGACGUUGUAUGGUGGUUAGUUCUCUGUCUUGUUCGGUUUUCUCUGUUGUUUCGGUUUCCAUUUCGGUUUCCGCUUGGGGCUCAGAGUCAGGAACAGCUUCUUCGGUACGGGGUUCUUCAGAAGUCGUGUUCGCCUCGUCGUGAACGCUCUCGGAUUGAAGGUCUUCAGAGCUCUGGGAGACCAUUCUUAAUUUUUUAUGCUCAGCUCCUCUAGUGGAUUCCGCUGGUCUGACAGUUUGUAUCGUGUUCUGAUUAUGGAUUGUUGGCAGUUGGCUUGCAGCAAUAUCUGCAUGUGUGUAGGCAUGUUGAUUCUACUUAUAAUAUCUUAUAUGGGAAUAGGGGCUUUGUCUUCAAAUUACAGGAUGCUCAGAAAUUUCAUUAAUAGUCAUUGUGG